AUGACGCGCGUCGAGCGCGGUCGCGUCCUCGCGCGCGCGAUCGAGCGCGCGGUCGCGCAUCGCGCGUCGGCGCGUCGAUGGACGACGACGACGCGAACGCCGGCGUGGAUGGUGACGGGGUGGAUGGGCGGACGUGGCGUCGAUCGGUCGACGGCGAUGACGCGCUUCGAGCGGUGUGGGUCCACGGCGUCGUCGAAGAUCACGGCGGCGCCGAUGGUGUACGUGCGGGGGGAGGAGAUGACGGCGUACGUGAUGGAUUUGAUUCGGAGCCGGUGGAUCGAGCCGAGAGUGGACGUCGGUGGAUGGGAGACGUUCGACCUGCGCGCGAAGAAUCGAGACGACACGGAGGAUCGAGUGCUGAGAGAUGUCAUCGAGGCGGGUAAGAGAAUCAAGGCUAUCUUUAAGGAGCCGACGGUGACGCCGACGGCGGAUCAGGUGAAGCGGUUGGGACUGCGAAAGAGUUGGGGGUCGCCGAACGGAGCCAUGCGCCGCGGAUGGAACGGGAUCACGAUCUCGCGAGAUACCAUUCACAUCGACGGUGUGGAACUGGGGUAUAAGAAACCGGUGCUCUUUGAGCGACACGCCGUGGGCGGGGAGUACUCGGCGGGAUACAAGAACGUGGGUAAAGGUAAGCUGACGACGACGUUCACGCCGAGCGAAGGCCCAGACGCCGGUAAGACCGUCGUGGUCGACGAGCGAGAGAUCGUCGAUGAGGAGGCGGCCGUGGUGACGUAUCAUAAUCCGUACGACAACGUUCACGAUCUCGCCCGAUUCUUCUUCGGAAGAUGUCUCGAGGCCAAGGUCACGCCGUACGUCGUGACGAAGAAGACGGUUUUCAAGUGGCAAGAACCGUUUUGGCAAAUCAUGCGAACGGUGUUCGACGAGGAGUUCAAGGCGCAAUUCGUCGCGGCGGGCGUGAUGAAAGAGGGUGAAGAGCUCGUGCACUUGCUUUCCGACGCGGCGACGAUGAAACUCGUGCAGUGGCGCCAAGGCGGAUUCGGCAUGGCGGCGCACAACUACGACGGCGACGUUCUCACGGAUGAGCUCGCCCAGGUGCAUAAAUCUCCGGGCUUCAUCACUAGUAACUUGGUCGGUGUGCACGAAGACGGGACGCUGAUCAAGGAGUUCGAGGCUUCGCACGGCACCGUCGCCGACAUGGACGAGGCGCGUCUGCGCGGAGAGGAAACCUCUCUCAAUCCUCUCGGCAUGGUCGAGGGCUUGAUCGGCGCCAUGAAUCACGCCGCGGACGUGCACAACAUCGACAGAGACCGCACGCACGCGUUCACGACGAAGAUGCGCACGGUGAUUCACCAGCUCUUUCGCGAGGGCAAAGGCACGCGCGACCUCUGCGGCCCGUCCGGUCUCACCACCGAGCAGUUCAUCGACGCCGUCGCCGAGCGUCUGGACGCGUAA